AUGGGCAAGUCCAGUUCCAAUCCCUGCAAUAUUUCAUUGCAAAAAGACUUUCCCAGCCAAGGGAAAGCUAAAUACGAAAGUCAGCAUCUUAGCGGGUUCUUGGCUAGCCUGGCCAUACAUUCAGAUCUCCGGAUGCGUUUGCUCCCCCGGGGAAAGAAUCAGGUUGAUAUGGAGCGCCCGCAUGCUUCGGAGACACGGAACAAUAUUUGUUUCCGCAAUUCGUUUUGGGAGACAUGUUCAGCUGCUGGCGGUGUUGUCCAAGAGGGUAAGGAGAAACUGGAGUUGUAA